CCCUUCAAACGUUCUAUUCUAAUCUCUGUAUCUCACUAUCUCCCAUCUUUCCUAAUUAUGGCUAAUUCUCAUUUCUCUCAUUAUUUUGGUUUAAGUAUUGAUAACAUGAUGAUUGGGUGGCUGACUAUGACUGAAGACUGAAGAGUGAGUGCGAAAAAAGAUAGUAGAAGAGUGAGUGAAGAAGAAGAAGAAGAAGAAGACGAAGAAACAAUUGAUUGAUUGAUUGAUUCCAUUCCAUUUCCAUUGGAUUGAAGUGUGAUGACUACGAGAAAACUGAGAUGGGUAAUGGACGGAGGAGGGUUCUGGGAUUUGGACAUUUCCACUCCCCAAACCCUUGAUGGGUUGGCAUGUCCCGUCCCUGGAGACCCUCUUCCCUUGUCUCUCUCGCGAGGGACAAGGCUUUCCAGACCCAGACAGCUCCAAUUCAUGCACCGUUUCAUGCACGCCCCUCUCAUUCCCUCCUGCGCCAAACCCCACGGCCUCUCUCUCCACCGUCUUCUCACCCUCCCCUUUUCUGAUAACUGGUUUGUAUUUUUACUGGGUCAGUUCCAUUUGCAGAGGUUUUUUUCCUCUGUUAAGAGCAGUAAGGAGAAGCCAAAGGAGCUUUCCUCUUGGCUGAAAACCUUUGGGAGACAUCUACAGGAUAAAUCCUUGUAUGCGUUGGGUAUCUCUUCAGAGUUCCAGUUAGGGAUGGAUGAUACUUUACUUUUUGGCUUAGAUGCAUAUGAAGAUACAGAAAAGCCUCGUGGGAAAGCAGUCUUUCAUCAUAAGUUUCCAGAUCAUGAUCUAACAGUUGAGGCAGUUUAUCCUGGACUUUUUGUUGAUACGACUGGUAAUUACUGGGAUUUACCAUUUUCAAUGGCAGUUGAUCUUGCUUCUGUGACUACCAGUGAUUCUUCCACCGCUUACCAUUUGUGUGCACGCUACACUUCGGGGUCACCCAAGCAGUUUGAAAAUGUUCAAAAUCAAAAUGAUAGAGUACCACCACCUACUCUACUUCCUGGCUUGGCCUUCAAAAGUGCCUUUUCUUACAGGAAAAAAGUUGAUAUUUGGAGAAGUGAAGCUAAAAAGUUGAAAUUGGUACAACCGUAUGACAUAUUUCUUUCGAAUCCUCAUGUGUCAGCCUCGGGGAUUAUUGGUGCUGCUGCAACCACUGCUUUUGGGGAUAAUUCGGCAAGAGCACAAGUAGAAGAUGGUAGUCCGGGAUUUUUUCUCCAGGCUUCUGGAAUAAAGUCUUCCUUUCUGGCAGAUAUAUUUGCAUCCGUUUCAUUUACAGCCCAACAUGGAAAUUUCCAAAGGCUUUUUCUAGAUCUUACCCGAUUUCAGGCCCGACUGGAUUUUCCUUCUGGUUUCAAAUUUCUUUCAGCCGCAACUGGUUUAACACAAGAUCUUCUCAAUUCUCAAAAGCCCAGCAUGGAUGCUGUUCAGGCGAUUAUACCCAAUGCUACACUAUCACUUCAGCAGCAGAUCGUUGGUCCCGUCAGUUUUAGAGUUGAUUCAGGAAUUACAGUUGAUCUGAAGAACCCUGAUUGGCCGAUACAUGCACUGGAACCAGUAUUUGCUUUGGAAUAUGCAUUGCAAGUACUUGGUUCAGCAAAAGCAGUUGCAUGGUAUUGCCCCAAACGCCAAGAAUUCAUGGCAGAACUUCGUUUCUUUGAAACAUAAGCCAUAGCCUGAUAGGCACUAUAGAAAUAUCUUCUGUUCCUUAAAUUGCAAAAGCUAGUUGGUAAAAGGUCCAUUAAUUUUUAUGUUGCCCUGUGGCUUGUCAAUAGAUUUGUGUUUUUACAAUUUCUCUUGUUUAACUACCUCUAUUGGAGUUGUAGUUAUGAAAGAAGAGAACUAUCAAAUUUCACUGAAUACCGGGAUGAUCAAUGUAAACAUUUUGUAUGAAAAAUUCUUGCAAAAUUGGUGUGAAACUCUUUUGUUACUAAUUUUGCUAGGCAUCAAAUUCAGCUAGGAAGUGAUGUCAUGUCAGCAGGAGCAUAAUUAUGUCUUCACAUAUUCAUGUUAUAUUAUUCAAAGUUUUCAAUUUCA